UGGAAUCGCUGUAUAUAUAUCAGUUAAUUUCAAGUUUGCAUACAAAUGUGACUGUUAUUGAUUCCCGCCUUGAAAUCUUAUUGUGCCAAUAAUUCAUGAUACCUGCGAGCUUAUUUCAGAGAUAAUUCUUUUGUUUGAUGUUAAAAGUGUUCGGAGGAUGCCCAUACGCCAUUGCAAGAAUUUUCAGAUCUUUAAAGAAUCGAAUUAAUGAUUUCUAAAGAGUAGAUCGACUAUAUAAUCCAGCAUUUUGAAAUGAGUGUUUUCAUCCUGUGAGUGGAUUGGCCAAAAAGCAAAAAAGAAAGCAUGUAAAAUCAACUAGAUGUAGACUGGAUGAACAUUCAUGUUAAUGACUCCUUAAAAAAAUGAAGAUGGAAAUUUAUUUUCUUCUGACCAGAACGUUUUUGGUCUUUGUGCAGUUUCUUACGGGAGUGCACUCCGAUCUUGGCUGUUUAAACGAGCAUUCGACUUGCAGUGACGGUCUUGGGCUCAACUAUACCCUACCUAUGUUUGAGGUCUGCCGUGAGCGCCCCGAUGGUAACGGGGAGAUGGUGGCUACAAUCCCCAAGCUAAUAACUCCGCUUAAUCAUGAGCAUGAUGGUGAUCAAGGAUCAUGCCCUAACUCUGGGGGAGCGGGGAUGGCAGGUCUCCGGCGGUGCAGAUUUCCGGAUUGCCUUAGUAACCCGUGUCAAAACGGCUGGUGUGAAGAGACUAUGAUAGGAUUCAAGUGCCACUGCUCCGAAGGGUACACCGGGGAAAGUUGUGAAAAUAGUCUACCAACACAGAAAUCUACAACUGAAGAAGCCGAUGAAUGUUCCAGAAACCCCUGUGCAAAUGGCGCCCUCUGCAGUCUGGAAGGAGGCACGUACAAGUGUGACUGCCCCAAAGGCUGGACAGGACACGACUGUGAUAUCGAUAUGGAUGAAUGCACAAGUCAACCAUGUAAACACGACGGGGUAUGUGUGGACGGUGUAAACACAUUUACUUGCUUGUGUGAAGUUGGAUGGACUGGAAGGAGAUGUGGACAGAAUAUUGAUGAGUGUUUGGAUGAACCGUGUUUAAAUGGAGGUCAUUGCCAGGAUGGUAUCAACAGCUAUACGUGUAUAUGCACUAAGGGAUGGGAAGGAGUCAAUUGUACUAUCGAUAUUGAUGACUGUGCCGAAGAGCCGUGUCAAAAUGGCGCCGAAUGCCAUGAUGGUUUAAACAGUUAUACAUGCGAAUGUACUGAUGGCUGGGAAGGAUUAAAUUGCGAUAUCAAUAUUGAUGAUUGUGCCGAAGAACCGUGUCAAAAUGGUGCCGAAUGCCAUGAUGGUUUAAACAGUUAUACGUGUGAAUGUACUUAUGGAUGGGAAGGUUUAACUUGCUAUAUCAAUAUUGAUGACUGCGCCGAAGAACCGUGUCAAAAUGGGGCUGAAUGCCAUGAUGGUUUAAACAGUUAUACUUGUGAAUGUAUUGAUGGUUGGGAAGGACUUACUUGCGAUAUCAAUAUUGAUGACUGCGCCGAAGAACCGUGUCAAAAUGGGGCCGAAUGCCAUGAUGGUUUAAACAGUUAUACUUGCGAAUGUACUAAUGGUUGGGAAGGACUAACCUGCAAUGUCAAUAUUAAUGACUGUGCCGAAGAGCCGUGUCAAAAUGGCGCCGAAUGCAAUGAUGGUUUAAACGGUUAUACGUGUGAAUGCACUGAUGGAUGGGAAGGAAUAAACUGCGAUGUCAACAUAGACGAUUGUGAAAGCGACCCCUGUCAACACGACGCUGUGUGUCUGGAUGGCUUGAAUAGAUACACCUGUCAGUGCAUAGGAGGAUGGCAAGGAAACAACUGUGAAAACGAUAUUGAUGAAUGUAGCAGUAAUCCGUGCAGUAAUCAGGGUGUCUGCAUCAACGACAUUAACCGUUACACCUGUCAGUGUACCGAUGGAUGGACUGGUUCGAACUGUGAAACAGACAUUGACGAAUGUUCCAGUCAUCCAUGUAACAAUGAUGGGGAAUGCCGUAAUGAACUGAACAGGUACAGCUGCGAAUGUACAGAGGGGUGGUCUGGUACCCAUUGCGAAAUAAGGAGUGCGUGUGCGCUUGAACCGUGCAGUAAUGGAGGCACCUGUGUGGAAGAAGCAAACGGUUACACGUGUUCAUGCGGUACAGACUUCACGGGGACCAACUGUGAAACAGCAUUUUCAGACCUCUGUCCGACGGGUUGGUUCUACCAUGGACAAAAGUGUUAUUCCCUGGAAGGAAGCUCUUCUUAUGGCACGAAUCACGAUACUGCAAGAACUACCUGUAGUAACAUGCGUGUCGAUCUACAAGGCGAUGCCGGAGAGAGACAGGCAUCGUUGCUAUUGGUUGAAAGUCAAGAAGAAACUGACGCCAUUUCCAACAGGUUCCUGGGUGGAUACUUUAGACGGCUAUGGCUGAAUUGUAGUAACAGGUCCGGAACGUGGGUCUGUGAAAAGGAUGCUUCGGGGACUACUUCCUCUUACACGAAUUGGUACCCAGGCCAACCUGAUGCGAAUGUGGGCUAUGCUCUUAUUAGAAACAUAUCAAAUGAUGAUUCGACAUAUCAAUUCACAUGGUAUGACAGGGUAGACUGCUUCUACUGCUAUAAUGGUCCGUUGACAGUGUGUCAAAUACAUUUCCAGCCUUCUCUCAACUACUCAAGCCACUCUCAUCUCUCCAACUCAAGCCAGCCUUCUCUCAACUAUCCAAGCCUCUCUCAUCUCUCCAACUCAAACCAGCCUUCUCUCAACUAUUCAAGCCUCUCUUAUCUCUCCAACUCAAGCCAGCCUUCUCUCAACUAUCCAAGCCUCUCUUAUCUCUCCCACUCAAGCCAGCCUUCACUUAACUACUCAAGCCUCUCUCAUCUCUCCAACUCAAGCCAGCCUUCUCUCAACUAUCCAAGCCUCUCUCAUCUCUCCAACUCAAGCCAGCCUUCUUUCAACUAUUCAAGCUUCUCUCAUCUCUCCAACUCAAGCCAGCCUUCUUUCAACUAUUCAAGCCUCUCUCAUCUCUCCAACUCAAGCCAGCCUUCUCUCAACUAUUCAAGCCUCUCUAAGCUGUCCAACUUAAGCCAGCCUUCUCUCAACUAUCCAAGCCUCUCUCAUCUCUCCAAGUCGAGCCAGCCUUCUCUCAACUAUUCAAGCUUCUCUCAUCUCUCCAACACAAGCAAGCCUUCACUCAACUCUUCAAGCCUCUCUUAUCUCUCCAACUCAAGCCAGCCUACUCUCAACUAUCCAAGCCUCUCUUAUCUCUCCCACUCAAGCCAGCCUUCACUUAACUACUCAAGCCUCUCUCAUCUCUCCAACUCAAGCCAGCCUUCUCUCAACUAUUCAAGCUUCUCUCAUCUCUCCAACUCAAGCCAGCCUUCUCUCAACUAUUCAAGCUUCUCUCAUCUCUCCCACUCAAGCCAGCCUUCACUCAACUAUUCAAGCCUCUCUAAGCUGUCCAACUUAAGCCAGCCUUCUCUCAACUAUCCAAGCUUCUCUCAUCUCUCCCACUCAAGCCAGCCUUCACUCAACUAUUCAAGCUUCUCUCAUCUCUCCCACUCAAGCCAGCCUUCUCUCAACUAUUCAAGCUUCUCUCAUCUCUCCCACUCGAGCCAGCCUUCUCUCAACUAUUCAAGCUUCUCUCAUCUCUCCCACUCAAGCCAGCCUUCUCUCAACUAUUCAAGCUUCUCUCAUCUCUCCAACUCAAGCCAGCCUUCUCUCAACUAUUCAAGCUUCUCUCAUCUCUCCAACUCAAGCCAGCCUUCUCUCAACUAUCCAAGCCUCUCUCAUCUCUCCAACUCAAGCCAGCCUUCUCUCAACUAUUCAAGCUUCUCUCAUCUCUCCCACUCAAGCCAGCCUUCUCUCAACUAUUCAAGCUUCUCUCAUCUCUCCCACUCAAGCCAGCCUUCUCUCAACUAUUCAAGCUUCUCUCAUCUCUCCCACUCAAGCCAGCCUUCUCUCAACUAUUCAAGCUUCUCUCAUCUCUCCCACUCAAGCCAGCCUUCUCUCAACUAUUCAAGCUUCUCUCAUCUCUCCCACUCAAGCCAGCCUUCUCUCAACUAUUCAAGCUUCUCUCAUCUCUCCCACUCAAGCCAGCCUUCUCUCAACUAUUCAAGCUUCUCUCAUCUCUCCCACUCAAGCCAGCCUUCUCUCAACUAUUCAAGCCUCUCUCAUCUCUCCAACUCAAGCCAGCCUUCUCUCAACUAUCCAAGCCUCUCUCAUCUCUCCCACUCAAGCCAGCCUUCUCUCAACUAUUCAAGCUUCUCUCAUCUCUCCCACUCGAGCCAGCCUUCUCUCAACUAUUCAAGCUUCUCUCAUCUCUCCCACUCAAGCCAGCCUUCUCUCAACUAUUCAAGCUUCUCUCAUCUCUCCCACUCAAGCCAGCCUUCUCUCAACUAUUCAAGCCUCUCUAAUCUCUCCCACUCAAGCCAGCCUUCUCUCAACUAUUCAAGCCUCUCUCAUCUCUCCCACUCAAGCCAGCCUUCUCUCAACUAUUCAAGCUUCUCUCAUCUCUCCCACUCAAGCCAGCCUUCUCUCAACUAUUCAAGCUUCUCUCAUCUCUCCCACUCAAGCCAGCCUUCUCUCAACUAUUCAAGCUUCUCUCAUCUCUCCCACUCAAGCCAGCCUUCACUCAACUAUCCAAGCCUCUCUCAUCUCUCCCACUCAAGCCAGCCUUCUCUCAACUAUUCAAGCUUCUCUCAUCUCUCCCACUCAAGCCAGCCUUCUCUCAACUAUUCAAGCUUCUCUCAUCUCUCCCACUCAAGCCAGCCUUCUCUCAACUAUUCAAGCUUCUCUCAUCUCUCCCACUCAAGCCAGCCUUCACUCAACUAUCCAAGCUUCUCUCAUCUCUCCCACUCAAGCCAGCCUUCUCUCAACUAUUCAAGCUUCUCUCAUCUCUCCCACUCGAGCCAGCCUUCUCUCAACUAUUCAAGCUUCUCUCAUCUCUCCAACUCAAGCCAGCCUUCUCUCAACUAUUCAAGCCUCUCUCAUCUCUCCAACUCAAGCCAGCCUUCUCUCAACUAUUCAAGCUUCUCUCAUCUCUCCCACUCAAGCCAGCCUUCUCUCAACUAUUCAAGCCUCUCUCAUCUCUCCAACUCAAGCCAGCCUUCACUCAACUAUCCAAGCCUCUCUCAUCUCUCCAACUCAAGCCAGCCUUCUCUCAACUAUUCAAGCUUCUCUCAUCUCUCCCACUCAAGCCAGCCUUCUCUCAACUAUUCAAGCUUCUCUCAUCUCUCCCACUCAAGCCAGCCUUCACUCAACUAUCCAAGCCUCUCUCACCUCUCCAACUCAAGGCAGCUCAUGGCAACUCAAACCACUUCCUCGAUUGCCCAUACCGGCAAACCUACAAACAUCAAGUUGGUAUAUGCUCUGAACUACACAAAAUUAUGA